AUGGGGUCGCUACCGGGAGAUUAUCCCACCCACAACCCCAAUAACCCACACAGCAACAUACCUCAAGCAGGCAUCUCAUACUUCACUCCCGCGCAACAGCCCGCCGCCGGCACCCGAAUUCUAGACGACCCCAAUAAAUCGCCUUGCAAACUAUUCACACCCUUGACAAUCCGCGGUGUUACCUUUCAGAACCGCAUCUUUCUCGCACCUCUAUGCCAAUAUUCUGCCAUUGACGGUUAUGCAAACGAUUGGCAUGUCGCCCACAUUGGCGGCAUUCUCCAGCGCGGUCCCGGCAUGGCUAUGAUCGAAGCUACGGCCGUACAGCCAGAGGGACGCAUCUCACCGCAUGAUCUAGGCCUCUGGGAUGAUGGCCAGAUAGCCCCGCUGAAGCGCAUUGUCGAGGUUGCUCACGGCCAGAAUCAGCACAUCGGUAUCCAGCUCGCCCAUGCUGGGCGCAAGGCCAGUACUGUACCGCCGUGGAUCAGCGCCAACGCCGUGGCAACCCCCGACAUUGGUGGCUGGCCUGACGAGAUUUACGGGCCAUCUCCGUUGGCGUAUAAUGAUGUCUUGCCAAAGCCAAAGGAAAUGAGUCUGGCACAGAUCCAAGCAGCCAAGGAGGCAUUCGUGGCUUCUGCCAAGAGGGCUCUCGAAGCUGGCUUCGACGUCAUUGAGAUCCAUGCCGCUCAUGGAUAUCUGCUUCACCAGUUCCUCAGCCCCGUCAGUAACCAGAGGACAGAUGAGUAUGGCGGAAGCUGGGAAAACCGUGUCCGAAUCGUUUUGGAGAUCACGGAACUUAUCCGAGGAGUGAUCCCUGACACCAUGCCGCUAUUUGUCCGCGUUAGUGGUACGGAGUUGCUGGAGGGCCUUGAUGAAUUCCCUGAGAGCUGGACUAUCGCUGAUAGCACCAAACUCGCGCUUCUCCUCGCCGACCGAGGCGUCGACCUGCUUGAUGUCAGCUCCGGUGGCCUCCACCCGAGCCAGGCGACCGGUAUAAAGCCCGGGGCUGGCUAUCAGGUGCCUUUGUCGCAAGAGAUCAAGAAGGGGGUUGGCGAGAAUAUUCUCGUGGCUGCUGUUGGCGGCAUCAAGACGGGUACAUUGGCUGAGGAGGUUCUCCAGUCUGGUAUUGAUGUCGUGUUCUGCGGGCGCUGGUUCCAAAAGAACCCUGGCCUGGUUCACGCUUUUGCCGAUGAGCUUGGAGUAACUGUCAAGAUGGCUAACCAGACCAGUUGGGCCUUUAGAGGACGUGGAAAGAGGUAA